CAGGACUGCCCCCGUCGCUUCGUAGUGCCUGUACUAGCCCUGCUCGGUGGGAUCUCUGCACGGAAGCCCAGAUUCCCUCCUGUCUGCAUCACAGGUCACGCCCCCUUCCUUGCCACUGACGUAAAAUUGAAAAGGGACUGUCAUAUAGAGAAGCCCAACUCCUUUCAGCCAUGAAGUCAGAGACCGGGCCUCCGACCCAGGAGACCCUAGCAGAGUCCUGUCCCCUCAGUAAUCUGUGGAGUAGCCGGAAGCUGAUGGUUGUGGGGGUCUUGCUCGGUUGGCUCCUGGUCAUCCACCUUCUGGUCAAUGUGUGGCUUCUCUGCCUUCUCUGUGCCUUGUUCGUAGUGCUGGGAGGAUGGUUGGGCCCCAGUAUCAUUGGGGGGGCUUCGGGUCGGCUGCACCUGGAACGUUUCAUCCCAGUGGCCACUUGCACUCCGUGCCCUGAGGCAGAAAAACAGCUGGACCUGGAGAUUGACAGCACUAUCCAGAUGAUUAUUCGCGAUUUUGUGGUAUCCUGGUAUGGUUCAGUGAGCCAGGACUCAACUUUUAAGGAAGAGAUGGAGGCAGCCAUGAAAGGGUUGGUACAGGAGCUUCGGAGGAGGAUGAGCAUGCUGGACAGCCGUGCUCUUGCUCAGAGAGUUCUGACUCUCUGUGGUUGUCACCUGCAGAGCUACAUUCAGGCAAAGGAGGCCACUGAAGGGAAGCUGAGUGGUCCAGUUCAGCCCUCCCAGCUCUGGGAGGCGUACUGCCGGGCUACUGCCCCACAUCCUGCUGUGCACAGUCCUACUGCUGAGGUCACAUAUACACGUAGCAUUGUGAAUUUAUUGCUUCAAGGUCUGGUGCCCAAGCCCCACUUGGAAACUAGGACUGGACGCCAUGUAGUGGUCGAACUCAUUACUUGCAAUGUAAUCUUACCGCUGAUCAACAAGCUGUCAGAUCCUGAUUGCAUACACCUUAUCCUUGUGGGUAUCUUUUCCAGGGCCAGAAAUGAUUCUGUGCAAGCAGCUAAACCACUCUACACCCCUGAUGCUCAGGAACAGCCCUCAGUGCCCACAUCUCUGCCACUGAUUCUUGAGGUGGAGAGUCUGCCAGAAGGGAGAGCCCCUUCUCCAGGAGCAGCCACAGUGCUGAACUCCAGUGAAGCAGGCCCCUCCCCUGAGAUUGAAGAAGGCCAUGAAGCUCUAGAGGCAGAUUUGGAUGGGAUGCUUGAAGAAAGAAAAGUAGGAAACAGCUCAUCUCAUUUUCUACAGCCAAAUAUUCGAGGCCCCUUGUUCUUAUGUGAAGACUCAGAGCUGGAGUCUCCCCUCUCUGAACUGAGUAAAGAAACUAUCAUGCUAAUGACCCCAGGCAACUUCCUCUGUGACAGAAUCCAGGAUGACCUGUGUACCCUAGAAGAUUCUCAGGUUCUAGAGCCUAAGGAUGAUGAGGGAUCCGAGGGGAUUGAAGGAGGAGAAGCAGAGGAGGGUCCAGGGAUAGAAACCGAGUCAGGUCUGCUGGUGUCUGUGCCAAACUCCUGCCCAGAAAUCCAGAUUGACACUGUGGACAAGGAGGUAGAACCGGAUGUCACCUCUUUUACAGCUUUGCUGGAAGAACCAGAAAAGACUGGCCCCACACGACCCUCGUGCUUAGAGAAGGAUCUCACUGAUGGCGUGAGUUCCCUGGAUCCUACUUUACCACAGGUUUCACUUUCCUCCUCUCCACCCGGUCCUCUCGGCUCUGGCACAUUCAGCUUUGAGCCCCUGAGCAGUCCAGAUGGGCCAGUUGUCAUCCAGAACCUUCGUAUUACUGGCACCAUUACCGCCCGAGAGCACAGUGGCACUGGAUUCCACCCAUACACACUCUAUACUGUGAAGUACGAGACAGCCCUUAACAGUGAGAGCAGCAGUGGCCUGCAGCAACUGGCCUACCACACUGUAAACCGCCGCUACCGGGAGUUCUUGAACCUGCAGACCCGCCUGGAGGAGAAACCAGAUCUACGGAAGUUCAUCAAAAAUGUAAAGGGUCCAAAAAAGCUCUUUCCAGAUCUUCCAUUUGGAAACAUGGACAGCGACAGAGUGGAAGCCCGGAAGAGCCUCCUGGAAUCAUUCCUGAAGCAACUCUGUGCCAUUCCUGAGAUCGCUAACAGUGAGGAGAUGCAGGAGUUCCUUGCUCUGAACACGGAUGCUCGCAUUGCCUUUGUCAAGAAGCCGUUCAUGGUCUCUAGAAUAGACAAGAUGGUGGUGAGUGCCAUUGUAGACACAUUGAAGACAGCGUUUCCUCGCUCUGAGCCCCAGAGCCCCACGGAGGAGCUGAGUGAGGCUGAGAACGAAAGCAAGCCACAGACAGAAAGCAAGAAGGCUGGCAAGUCCAGAUUGAGGUUCCCAUCCAGCAAAAUUGCCCCAGCACUGACUAUGACAAAAACACACGACAGGAUUCUCUAUUGUCUCCAGGAAAGCACGACGGAAUCAGAGAUCUUGUCCAUGUCUGGAAUGGAAUCCUUUAUUAAAAAGCAGACAAAAUUACUGGAAAUGCAGCCAACAAAAGUCCCAGAACCAUUCCUCAAGGGAUAUGUGGACAGGUGCUUGUCAGGCGCAGCAGUGCCCGCCCAAGACCCAGGCAGCAGUGAUCUAGGAACAGAGACAGAGUUAGCUGACACAGCCCUGGAUCUAAUCCUCCUGCUCUUAAUGCAGCAGUGGAAAUGGCUAUGUACUGAAAACAUGCAGAAAUGUCUUCGUCUUGUCUUUGGAACCCUUGUCCAGAGGUGGCUAGAGGUGCAGGUGGAUAAUCUGACUUGUCCAUGGCACUGGGUGCAGUACCUCCGACUUCUUCAGGAGUCCGUCUGGCCCGGUGGAGUUUUGCCUAAGUUUCCACGCCCUGUAAGGACUCAGGAGCAGAGGAUGGCUACUGAGAAACAGGCUUUGCAGAGCCUCAUGGGAGUCCUGCCAGAAUUUUUAGUAGAAGUCCUAGGAGUGGACAAAUGCCGGCUGAGCUGGGGGCUCGUCUUGGAGUCCCUACAGCAACCCCUCAUCAACAGACAUUUAGUUUUCUGCCUUGGCGACAUCAUUCUGGAGUUCCUGGGUCUCUGUACCUCGACUGAAGACCCUGCCUCAAGCACUACUGCCUCGGAGUCCCCAGGCAUCCCCAAGAGGAAGGGUGUCGCCUCUUAGUGGAGUUACUGGAACUUUCUCCUAAGGUCAGCUCCAGUGUCCGGCAGGACACCUGUGCCCUGGGGCCUGGGCUGUGGCUCCGGCUGUGCUUCGGUGACUCAGUUCUCCUUCCAGUUCUGCUCCAGGUGUUGCAGGGGACAAGGGGACCUAUAUAUAUCAGUUGCAUGCAUAUUAUCCAUUCCCAUAGCCUCUUGAAGGUUGUUGCUAGUAGUUAAAUCCUGUUUGCUUUGCAGAAGGAAGCAGUGAAAUAAAAGAAUGAGGCCCUUC